AUGGCCUCCAGGGAUGUGGCAUUAGGAAUGAUCUUCUCAUCACAGACUGUAUUCGGAAUCCUUGGAAAUUUCUCUCUUCUUCACCAUUAUCUCUUCCUUUACUCCACUGGAUGUGGGUUAAGGUCCACCGAUUUGAUUCUCAAGCAUCUGUUUGUAGCCAACUCUUCAGUUCUCUUCUCUAAAGGAGUCCCCCAGACAAUGGCAGCUUUUGGUUUGAAAGAUUUUCUCAAUGAUACAAGAUGCAAACUUGUUUUCUAUCUUCACAGAGUGGCCAGGGGUGUGUCCAUCAGCAGCACCUGCCUCUUUAGUAUCUUCCAGGCCAUCACCAUCAGUCUCAGGAAUUCCAGAUGGGCAGAGCUUAAACUGAAAUCUUCCAAGCACAUUGGCUCUUUUAUUUGCUUGUGCUGGAUCUUGCACACACUGGCAAAUAUAAUUUUUCCUAUGUAUGUGACUAGCAAAUGGAACAACACAAACACCACAGUGAAAAAGGAUUUUGGAUACUGUUCUGGGAUACUUCCUAACAAAAUCACACAAUCACUACAUGCAGCAUUGCUAUCAAUCUCUGGUGUUUUCUGUUUGGAGCUCAUGCUCUGGGCCAGUGGUUCCACGAUUUACAUCCGGUACAGACACAAGCAGAGGGUUCAACACAUUCAUAGAACCAAUGCCUCUUCCAGAUCCUCCCCUGAGUCCAGAGCUACUCAAAGCAUCCUUGUCUUGGUGAGCACCUUUGUAUCAUUUUACACUUUCUCCACCAUCUUCCAAGUCUAUAUUGCUCUUUAUAACAAUCCCAGUUCAUUGUUAGUUAACAUUUCUGUCUUCAUCAAUGAAUGUUUCCCAAUUGUUAGUCCUUUUGUUCUCAUGAUCCAUGGCUUCAGUGUAUACAGCCUCUGCUUUGUCUGGAUAAGGAAUACAAAAUCACCUAAUCUUAUCAAAAAUAUAUAA